AUGGAUACUCACACUGUAAUCUCCAAACAAAGGGAGGAAGAAGAAACUCCCAAAUGCCUAUGUGCAGAAUAUCAGUGUCCAGGAGGAGCUUUCACACCCAACAUACAGACAACCAAGGAGUUUCCAGAUGAUGUGGUCACCUUCAUCAGGAACCACCCCUUGAUGUUCAAUCCCAUAUAUCCAAUCCACAGGAGACCCUUAAUCAUUCGGACAGGCACAGACUUCAAAUAUACAAAGAUAACUGUUGAUCGCGUUAAUGCAGCAGAUGGAAGAUACCACGUCUUGUUUCUUGGAACAGACCAAGGCACAGUUCAGAAGGUUGUAGUCCUGCCCAGCAAUUCCACAGCAAGCGGCGAGGUCAUAUUAGAAGAACUGGAAGUUUUCCAGAAUAAUGCACCUAUAACAACAAUGGCCAUUUCAUCUAAAAAGCAACAGUUGUACGUGAGCUCGGAUGAAGGGGUGACUCAAGUUUCCUUGCACCGCUGCCAUAUCUACGGGACAGCGUGUGCCGAUUGUUGCCUUGCUAGAGACCCGUACUGUGCUUGGGAUGGCAAUUCCUGCUCCAGGUUCUACCCAACAGGGAAAAGGAGAAGCCGUAGACAAGAUGUGAGGCAUGGAAACCCUGUGACUCAAUGCCGAGGAUUUAAUCUAAAAGCUUACCGCAAUGCUGCAGAAGUCAUUCAGUAUGGAGUCAAGAACAACACCACAUUCCUGGAAUGCACACCUAAAUCUCCACAGGCCUCUGUUAAAUGGCUUUUACAAAAAGACAAUGACAGAAGGAAAGAGGUCAAACUCAAUGAAAGGAUCAUAGCAACCGAACAAGGACUCUUGAUCCGCUCAGUCCAGGAUGCUGACCGAGGGCUUUACCACUGCAUUGCAACUGAAAAUGGCUUCAAGCAGACAAUAGCAAAGAUUAACUUCAGGGUGUUAGACUCCGAUAUGGUGGCCUUCAUGACUGACAAGUGGUCCCCGUGGACCUGGGCCAGCUCCCUCCAGGCUUUACAGUUUCAUCCAAAGGACUUGGUGGGCACUUUCAGCCACUCAGAACUGCAGAUGAUUAAUCAGUACUGCAAAGACACGCGACAGCUUGGGCAGCAGGCAGAAGAUGCCCAGAAAAUGAGAGGGGAUUAUGGGAAGUUAAAGGCCCUCAUAAACAGCAGGAAAAGUAGAAACAGAAGGAAUCAGCUACCUGGAUCAUAAAGCUUUGUCUUGGAACGUCAAACUUUUCCCCCUGUACUCCUUUGAGGGGUUUUUGUUUGUUUGUUUGUUUGUUUGUUUUCUUGCUGAAAGCAUAGAAAAAACAUAGUAAAGCAAGUAAGCCUGAUAGCAGAUUGUUUUGAUGAAAUGCAAUCUAUCUAAACUAAAGAGGAAAAACAAGACAGAUCCAAAGAGAUGUGACGUGCUCGCUGACACCAGAUCCACCCUUACUUUACCUGUUAGCCUAAUAAUUUGCCUUA